AUGGGUUUCGGUUCAAAGCGCCGUCGUGAGCCUCACAAUGUUGACGUGAAGCUGGUGGAGCUGUACGAAGACCUCGCUAGCGAAAAAGAUGAGAUCCGACUCAAAGCUGCCCAGGGGCUCGUUUCGCAAUUCACUCCAGAUCAAAAUCCCGUUGAUGAACAGAUCAAGAAGGUUCUGUCGAGGCUCUUCCGCGGUCUCUGCAGUAGCCGCAAAGCUGCCCGCAUCGGUUUCUCAAUUGCCCUGACCGAAAUUCUGACUCAAGUCUUCACAUCACCAAGGGAGACAUCACGCUUUGGAUUCGCCGACUCCCUGCAACUUUGGGAGGCACAGUCUAACUCCAAUGGCAGUGAAUCCGGACAGGAACAACGCGAUCAUCUAUUCGGUCGCUUAUUCGGCGCCGAAGCGAUCAUCAAAUCCGGCGUUCUUUUCCAGUCCACCACACCCUUCGAGCACUGGACCCAAGUCGUCGAUCUCAUUUUCAACCUUGCACAGCAAAAGCCAUGGAUCCGCGAAGAGUGCGGAUGGAUCGUCUACCAGUGCGUCUACGACCUGGCCACCCGCCAGAUGGACAACAAGUACAUUGAGGCUGCGCUGGAACGUCUUUGUUCGCACGAUCUCGCCCGGUCGCCCGAGGGUAUUGCUGUUUGGUUGGCGGCCAAGGACAUGUUCCCCAACGCUACCUUCCCGAGCAAGGUCUGGAAGCACGAUGAUCCGCUCGAUACGAAGGAGCGCAGCGGUCUGUCGAAGAUCAUGAAGGAGUCGGGCGCUGGCGCAAGUGAGAGUGAGAAAAAGGCGAAUACUGCGAAGUCUUCUGGUGUCUGGAACUCCAAGCUUCACUUUGCCUGGGAUGCUGUUUUGUCGAGAACUAGCGUUGAGACGAAGGAGAAGUCGAAGAAGUCUCGCUUGAGCUUUGCUGAUUUCUGGACGGAGGUUGUCGACAAUGGACUUUUCGCCGCUGCAUCGUCUGACGAGCGCAAAUACUGGGGUUUCCUGCUUUUCUCAAGAUUUAUUAACGAUGGCACAGCCCAGCAGGCCUCUCACACCUUUACUAAGAACCUCAUGCGCUGCUUGACGAACCAACUGGCUGUGGAGGACCGGUACCUCCACCGCAUGGCCGUUAAAGCGGCUAAGGCAAUCCAGGCUCGUGUGUCCAGGGAACCUGAAUUUGCAGCAGUGGCUAUCCGUGGCUUGAUGGGAACCAGCGGCACGCUCAACUUCGACCAGGCCACUAAGACCAAGACAGUCGAGAAGAUCGUUGCCGAGGCCAACCACGAGGCUUUGGAGGAGAUUGUUCCUUUCUUUGAGAAGCUCAUACAGACCCCUGGAGCCACCGAUGAGAAGACUGCUGCGUCUAACCGCCAGUUCGUUGCUGGUCUUCUUCUUUCGAUUGUUCGCUCAAAGGCCUCUGCCACCGAAGGCGAUGCUGAUGAUCUUCAGGCCAGCCUCGAGCAGAUUCUGUCUAUCUUUGUGCGCUUCGCGUACUUCAUGGAUACUGGCAAGGGAUCCACUGUCCCCGAGCCUGCCCUCUCAUCGGCAACACAAGAGAUGCUGCGCAAUCGUAUCAACUCUUGCUUGAACAGCCUCAUCUCUAACCAGAAAUUCGCCACUACGCUACCAUACGUGGUGGUGAAGCAGAUCCGCGAUGCAGCCAAGUCUGGCGAGUUCGGCAAGUUCAUCAUCGACAUCGAUGAGAAGCUGCAAGAUUCUGUCAAGGCCGCCUUCAAAUCUCUCAAGAAGCUGUCCGGAAAGGAAAAGAAGGAAAAGGGCAUGGCCGCGUUCAAGCUGCUUUACUCCAUGACUCUCAUGCAGGUAUACAAUGGAGAUGCCGACGCAGUCUCCAUGCUCGAUGAGCUUGAGUUCUGCACCACCAAGUUCCUGGGCGACAAGGAAACCAAGAAGGAAGAUGCCGGCGAUGCUUCAGAUGCGCUGGUUGAAAUCCUGCUCAGUUUCGCAUCCAAGCAAUCCCAGUUGUUCCGUCGCAUGAGCGAGCAAGUAUUUGGUGCAUUUGCUAGCCAGAUCACCGAGAAUGGAUUGGAAUCUUUGAUCUCGAUCCUGGAAGCGAAGGAGAGUCUCGCUGGACAACAAGAGAUGUUCGAGGACCAAGAUGAUGAAGGCGAGGAAGAAGAAGGCUCCGACACGGAGAUGAUGGAUGUCGAUGAGGAUGAGCUUGAUAGCGAUGUCGAGGUCGUUGAAGCAGGCGAGGACCAGUCUGACUCGGACUCGGACGAAGAAGAGGUAGAAGAAGAUGAAGAAAAUGCACAAGAAGUUGCCGCUUUUGAAGCUAAGCUAGCUGAGGCUCUUGGCCAGCACGGCGCAGAAGGCGAAGGCGAAGACUCAGACGCUGAUAUGAACGACGACGAGAUGGACGAACUCGACGACAAACUUGUCCAAGUAUUCCGCGCCCGCCAACAACAAUCCUCCCAGCGCAAAGACAAGAAAGACGCUCGCGAGAACAUGGUCAACUUCAAGAACCGCGUCCUAGACCUCCUAGAGAUCUUUGUGAAGAAGAGCCAUUCCCGCCUCCUGGCACUGGACCUCCUUCUCCCUCUCCUUCGUCUAUCGCGCCGCUCAAGCGUGAAGCAAGUCGCCACCAAGGCAAACAACGUUCUCCGCGAAUACACCAAGGUAUGCAAGGGCAAUGCGCUGCCUAAGAUUGAGGACGAAGCACAGGCUGAGGCGCUCUGGGAGCUGUUGAAGUCCGUUCAUAAGGAAGCAAGUCACAGUGGACCCAUGGGACAUGCAAAUGCUUGUAGUCAGGCCAGUUUGCUUGUCACUAAGGUUCUUGUUGCUCAUGAUAAGGAUGCCAUUGCUGGUGUGGUGGAUGUUUACGCUGCCACUCGCAAGGAUCAGCUCAUGAGUACCAAGUGUCAUGUGCAGCCGUCUUUCUUCUCCGAGUGGAACAAUUGGUGUGUUUCCGCUAGUAAGCAGUUGAAGUGA